AUGCCCUUGCGAGCAAAGAUGGAGAAGAGGCCCUCAAAGGCUGGAAGUGGCCUUUUGAAGCUGCGCGUCCGCGUGCUGCUGCUGGCGCUGGCGUCUCGACUUUUGUGUCUCUCCUUGACGUAUUUAUGGUCCGUCGUUCAGCCCACCUACAACAGUCAGUCUUCCUUGCUUCAUCCCACUGCGGCGAAGCGCCAGGACUACAUUUCUUCCGCUGCGCUGGAAGCGCGUCUCUCCUCGGAACAGGGCGCCAACCUCCGAGCUUUCCAUCCUUUCCAUUUGACGCUGAAUGAACUCGAGGGGGCUCCACACCCCGCGUCGCGCCUCGACUCUGCGUCAAGGCGACCGCGAGUUCUCGCGCUGUCGCCGAUAAGCGAGACAGCGCUGUCAGAUCUUUUUGUGGGCGACGGCGUUUCCGCUCUCGCGGACGUGCGCGCCAGCGGAUCUCUUCGCUUCAGCGAGGAGGGAGUUGCUGCGCCGCCGCCUCAGCUUGCGCCUGUGAGUGCUUUCUUCCCCUGGGGCGGCUGGCGCCCGCGUCGCUUCGCUCCGUUCUCGGUUUCGAGAAACGCGCAGAGGCGAGCGCCGCUCCAUCAGACUGCGCAAGGUCCGAGCCGCUGCGCAGCCUCUGGAAGUGCCUGUCCAGCGUCUCCUGUGCCUCCUGGCGAGCCUCAGCCGUGCAGAGGACUCGAGGCCUCGCGGCAAGCCAAGAGGAAGCUGGACGACGCAGUGUGGCGUUUUGUGGUUCCCUUUCUCAGUUGGGAUGGAGAGUAUUUCGUCACGUUCUCUCUUCAAGGAACAGCCUACUUCUUUGAACUCACGCACGCCUUCUUCCCGGGGCUUGCGGUGGUGAACAGGCGCAUCGGGGGCCUGUUGCUUCGCCGCGUCGCAUCUGGCAUUCAAUGGUGCUUUGAGACUCCUCUGUCUCCGCUUAUGUCCGGGUUUUCUUCGGGCUUACUGUCUCCCACCCGCGCGUCUUCUGAGGCGAGGCCAGCGGACACUUCCACGGCAGCGGAUGUGCUCGCCGGAGACGAGCUUCCAGCGCCAGGUUCCUCCGGAACGUCUCUCUUCUCUGCGGAUUCUCCCUCGGGAUUUGAUGACGCGACCCUCUACGGGCUUGCUGCCGUCUUCGUGAGCAACGUGGCGUUCGUUCUCGCCGCGAUCGGCGUCUUCGAAGUCGCCCGCCUGCACCUGCGUGCGGAGAAAAAAGCCGCAGAGGACGCGAAACAAGCGGCGUCCUCUCCUGGAAGGCCGUGGUUGACAGCAGUGAGGCACAGAGAUGGCGAGCUGCUCCCCUCGAUAGGUGCACAGGCGCCGCGGCGGAGGAGCGAUCGGCGCGGCUGGCUCGCAGAGAGAGGAGCAGAAUCGGCAGAGGCGGCCUCAGGCAAAACGAACGAGCGCGAGGAGGAGCGAGGCGCAGGCGAGGGAGGCGACCAUCGCCGCAUCGCUUUUCUAGCUGCGGGUUGGUUCUGUUUUUCUGCCGCAAACAUUCACAUGAGCGCCGCGUACACGGAGAGCCUCUUCGCGGCGCUGAGCGCAUGGGGCCUGUAUCUUCUUCUUUCCUCGGAGCGGCGACUCGCUGCUGCGUCGACGCGUUCUGUCUCUCGAAAGGCAUCCACGCUCUGCGCACACGGGCGUAACGCCGUUUAUGAGACGAGCAGACAGAGAGAGAUGGAUUCGGAAGAGGGACAGGUGACGUGUUGGUCAUCCAGCAGGAGCGCCACCUCAGAGGCGGGUCGUGCUCGCUGCGGAAGCAGAGCGCGUUUGGCAUGGGGCGACGACGCGUCCCCCACCGGCUCCGCGGGAGAGCGUUUGAGUGGCGAUACGACCACGAAAGCGGAGUCACGGCGCGGCGGAGUAGUUGGUGCGGCGUGCCGCGCCGUGCGAGGCGAAACAGAGAACGCGACACAACGACUGACAUCGCGCCCUGGAGAGGAUAUGGCGAGCGGCGCCAGUCUGCAAGUCAAGAGACGAGACUCGUUCUCGCAGGGCAACGAGAGAGAGCGGAGAAAUUGCGGGCGAUUGCUGGUCGCGGCAGGGACGCACUGGCUGGUGGCGUUAGCUCAAGCCAUCACAGUCGUUCUGCCUGUCUUCCUGGUCAUGGCGUACCCGUUCUAUCUCUACUGCGCGUGCCCAGUGGUCUCAGAGGGUGCUUCCAACGCGUCCUGUCAAGUCGCCUCGUACUUCUUCGGGCAGCCCGAGCCUCGAGAGACCACUAUCGCUGCAGAGAGCGAAACGAGUCUCCACGUGUUCGGCCCGGACUCCUCCGCCUUCGCCAACCCGAAGGCCUUUCCCGGCACCUCUUUCGCGCCACCAGAGGAGACGUUGACAGCACCCAGUGGCAGCGCGCUCCGCUCCGCGCCCGUCGCUUCCGCGACGCUCGCCCAGACUUCCCUUCCUUCGCCUUUGACCUUCACGCAGUUUGCCUCCAGUGCGCUUGUCGUGGGGCUGCCUCGAGCCUUGUGGUUUCUCGCUUCCGCGAUUCCCCGAUUGUUUUCGACUCCGGCGUCUUCAUGGGCCGCUGAAGUCAAGGAGGCAGCCGUCAAGCUUGCUUCAGAGAGCUGGCGUGUCUCAGACACGCGUGCCGGAGGGAACCGGCACUUCGCGGAACGCGCGGGCGCCGCGGAGGUUCUUGAGGCCUUUCCCGAUGCAGCGCUUGACACAGAGACUCUGAAGCUGUGGGCAGAGAGGUCAGAGCAAUGUUCGGCGGAAGGGGGAGACCGCGCAGGGCUUUGUCCGCAUGCUCAGAGUGAAGCCCGCGGCGCCCACCGGCGCGCAGGCAGCUUGGAGAGAACUGUGGAUGCCUCACAAGAGCGCUGUCCCCAGUGGUGCCGGGCGCGCGUGCCGAAUAUUUAUCCGUGGAUACAGCGGGAGUACUGGGACGUUUGCUUCCUCGGGUUUUUCCGCUUUAAGAAACUGUAUCUCAUCCUCCUUUCGCUCCCGUUCUACUUCCUCGGUGUGUCUUGCAUUCUCUUCUACCUUCGUCGGCGGAGGCGCGCGAAGCGCAGGGGACAACGCCCUGACGAUGACGCGAGGGCCUCAGAUACCGGUGUCUCUCGGCACCGCCUCGAAGAAGACAGGCCUCCGCGUGCAGGCAAAGAGGACGAGAUGUCAGAUAAGCAGUUGCAGCCUCGAGGCCGCCGAAGCUGCGGCUCGCUCUGCAGAGAGGGGCGGCGAAUUGUCGCUGCGCUCGCGCUCGACGAGGCCUUCGGAGAACUUUGCCAGCUGGCGUUCCUGAUGGGAUUCAUGUUUCUCUGCGGCAACACUAACGUGUUUGUGCGUCUUAGCACGGCCUCUCCAGUUCUGUUUUUAAACAUCGCUCGCAUCCACGAUACUUACACGAGAAGGAGAAGGCCAACUGCCAGCUGCAACACUAGUACUUCUUCGAGUACUUUUCUGCAGUCGUGCUGCUUAUUCUUUACGUCUUCAUCUAGGGCCUGCAGCCACGUAGACUGUAAAAGCCCCGCAGCGCUGCCAGAGGGUAACGGGAAGCAACACGGUGCCUCAGCUGAGUCACCUGGUCGCCCGCUUCCACAGGGGCGCGCCGCAGAGUUAAGAGAGCUUUUAGAUGAGAGUCUCAAUGCCGCUCCGCCUGGGUGGCAGUGGUGGGGUUUCCUUAGCGCUGUGAUUCUUUUGCCGCACUUCUUAGGACCAUUGCUUUUUGGUUGUUACGUAACCUGGACGUGA